CAUUCAGAUGGCAACGGAUAGUGCAAGCUUACACUGGCACCCUGUGUCUGCAGAUCAGCUUGAAUUUGUUUGGAAGUUAAUCGGGGUUGUUUAUCCACCAUUCAACACUCUAAAAAAUGCUGGGUUGUUUUCUCAACCCAAACGCUGGGUUGAGACUUUUGUGUAAGGAUGCUGGGUUGAUGUAACCCAAUUUGGGUUGAGAAUCGUUCUUAAUCUGUAACCCAGCGGUGCUGGGUUGGGAACGCGGACGUGAAAGAGAGCACGCACGUCACGCAACAACACAGACUACACCAGUCGGAGAAGCCGCCAUUUUCUUAGCGCCUUCAGCAAAUAAAAGACGUUUAUGCAGUUUAUGUUUUACUCUCAGAUUAACGUUACCUCACGGCCGAAUGACAGCCGCGCUGCGCCUCAUAACGUUACAACUCUGCUCAGUGGACUAGGAAGAAAGUGCGCCACACUGUCAUCGCGACGCUGGCCUUAGGAAGGGAAAAGAGUCAAAUGUAGAUUCAGAAAGAGCUACUCAAAUGACAGAGUGGCUUAAAAAUAAUAUCUGGCCACUAAGUCAGGUUGAGCAAUACAUGAAGGAGACGUCUAUCCAUAGGGCCAAAUGGAUUCGUGACAAUGGAACCAAGACAAUGAUGGAAAUAUUCAAGGAGUAUCCACGUCUCCUCGACACUCCAGGCAUGAUAUCCCAGGAUUUCUUAAUUUUGAAUCCAGACUCCGCUUCAAAACUCACCGAAAAUUGGGUACCUGUGUUUAAGGAUAAGAUUCUGCAGUUUGCCAGCAGAGAGAAACAAUCUCUUGAUCUACUUUCCAGUGUAGAAUUGAUGUCAGCAGAGACGCAGAGUGAUGUCGCCCUGCAAGUACUUCCUGUAGUCCUUCCCACAUCAGUGUACAAGAUUGGAAGGAAAACGUUUAAACCAACUUUCAUUGAAACCCGGAAGGCCUUCAUAGACAUACAGCCUAUUGGAACCAAUAUGGCUGAGUACCUGCGCUCAAAAAACUCUGAAUUUCCACAUGUUCUCAUGCUUGGAGACAACCAGUGCUUUCAAGCCUUUGCAGUUAUAAACGGAGAGGCACUUGAGCAAAAUACAUUGCUUGCUGCAGUUGAUGUUUGCUUUAAGGCGUUCUACGUAUUUGACAUAGACUACCCGAAACAGUGUUCCACAGUGUGGCAGUUUUUACAGACUGUGGUGUAUGGACUUUCUGGGGAUGAAACGCCAACAAUGAGAGUUUUGCGAGCAUUCAGUUUUUAUUACUGUCUGUGACCUUGCCUCUUUUAUGCUGUUUGUUCUUUUCAUAUUUACUUCUAUUACUUCUAAAUACUUUUCUUCUACAGUACAAUUACACUACAAUUGAUUCUUAUUGUGAGUAUUUUCUCACAUGCUAUGUUAUGCUCAAGAUGUUGAUGUAAAUGCUUUGAAAUGUUUUAAUAUUUCAAAUUCAUAUUUUCUUCAAAAGAUAAAUUUUUCUAACUCAUGUUUGCUGACAAACCAGUUAUUACUGUCUGCGACCUUGCUUCUUUUAUGCUGUUGUUCUUUAUUUACUACUAUUACUUCUAAAUACUUGUACUUUUCUUCUACAGUACAAUUACCAGUGUUGGGAAAGUUCACUUUCUACAUGAAAUACUUCAAAGUUCAGUUCACAAAUUUUAAAAUGAACUAGUUCAGUUCAUAGUUCAUACUCAAAAUUUUUAACUAAGUUCACAUAUUAAGGCCUGUUUACGGUGUGUUUUAGUCGGGAUUUCGCCUGGAAGACUAUAGAAAUCUGGCACUCUAGAGUGCGUGUCGUUCAACAGAGAGCGUGCGUUCACACACACCAGAAUGAACGAGUUCACAGUAUCGUUCAUCAGGCAGUAAUACAGUACGUUCAGUUCACGUUCACCCAAAAAUAUGAACGAGUUCAUGAACUAUCGUUCAAUGAACGCGUUCAGGCACAACACUGACAAUUACACUAUACAAUUGAUUCUUACUGAGUAUUUUCUCACAUGAUAUCUUGCUUAAGAUCUUGAUCUUUCUGUGAUGGUUUCAUGCAUUUUCAUUGAAUUUUGUCAUGGGACAUUUAAAAAAAUGUAUUCACAAAUGGACAAUUUUACCUGAUAAAACAAAAUAAAUUUUCAUAUUUUGAUUACUGAAGUCUGUAUUGCUGUAGAUGUGUUAUUUUAGUCAUUUUAAUUACUAAAAUUUCUAGUUUAAAUUUCCAACCCAUUUUGGGUUACAUUAACCCAGCACUGUAGUAAUUUCUAACCCAUAAUUGGUUUAAAAUGGCAACCCAGCAUGCUGGGUCAAACAUGUAACCCAAAUAGAUGGGUUAAAACAACCCAGCGCUGGGUACGUCCCUUUUUGACCCAGCGCUGGGUUGCCAAAAUAACCCAAAUUGGGUUGUUUUUAACCCAGCAUUUUUUAGA